AUGGCAUCUUCCGCUGCUGCGUACGCUGCGGCCGACGAGGACGACCGGCCGUCGAGCUCCUUCGAUGGCAUGACCAUGGAGCGCCUCCUGCAGGCCGAGAAGAGCGUGCUCAAGGCCGGCCAGGCCACGCUGGAGGCAUGGAACAUGAUGACGAGCCAUGGCAAGCCCAAGGCUGAUGACGUGUACCCGCCGGCGCCAUCGUCGGGCCCGCUGUACACAACGCCGCCCGAGCACCUCACCGAGUCGAAACCCAUGGCACGUCACUCGAGCUACACGGCAAUGGCGACGCCCGCGAGCCUCAAUUUCGAGAUCCCGCGCUCGGAGGAGCCAUACGCGCGCGGGUCCUUCACGCUCGACUCGAUGGAAAGCCAGGAAGCAGCCGCGCCGAGCUCGUCGUCGUCAACAUCGUAUGCUUCCGGGCCGCGCAAGGCUUUGCCGACGCUCAACAUUUUUGGCCUCUCGCGCAGCGUGAGCGCCGGGACAAAGUCGGAAGAGACAAUCCAUACGUUCACGGUCAAGAAGGCCGACAACUUUCUCAUCGACAACCUUAGUAAGAAGUCGUCCGUGCGCAUCUCGAUCGACACGGAGAGCCGCAUGCUCGCCUUCCACGUGACCAACAAUGCCAACGAGAAGGAAGAGUUCUCGUGUGCUGCGAUUACGGCCAAAGAGAGCUCGAAGCUCGGGCUGCACCUCAACAUCCAGCAAGGACAGGCGGCGCCGAUCACGCGCAAGAUUGCCUUCUUCAGCUUGGACGACCGGCAGCGCUUCAUGGAAACCCUCGAGGUCGGCAAGAUCAAGUACAAGUCCGCUAAGAAGCUGGAUGCGUGCGCCGACGACGAUGACGAUGGCGAGACUGCGUGGGACUCGGGCCAAGGCGGGUCGUACUCGAUGCCCGACACGGAAACCGAGCUCGACAAGCUGCCUGGCGAAGAGAUCAACCAAAAGGUCCAGCGCGUGACCAACCUCGUCAUUAUUGCACAGAAGGAGCGCGCCGUCCAAGGCGAGCUCAUCAUGACCAACUUCCGCGCAGUCUUUUUCCCGUACGACCCGUCGCUCUUAACCAAGUACGAAGGCCUGAAGAUCGUCAUCGCGUGCAAGGAUCUACGCAAGAUCUGCCUCUCGAUGCACGACGCGGUGACGCGCAAGAUCAACUACAACGAGCAGCCGCAGCCGGUCCAAGGCCAUUUUAUCCAAAUGUUCAUGUCGAAACUGCGGCCGCCGCUCUCGGUCAGCAGCGUCUUUGCCUUUACGUACCACAGCGCCAAGCGGGGUGGCGUCGAGCUGCCGCGGGACGUGGACGGCUGGCUCGUCUACUCGCCCGUCGAAGAGUACAAGCGGCUCGGGUUUCUCGAGUCGCAAAACAGUAUGCCGUGGCGCCUCCUUAAGAACACGCGGUUCCUCUUUAGCCCGACGUAUCCGCAGCUCAUGGUCGUGCCCUUCAACCUCGACAAGGACCAGCUCGUGUCAAGCGUCAAGUUCCGAUCCCGCGGCCGCCUCCCGAUCGCGGUCUGGCGCCAUCCGGACAACAAGUGCGUGCUCUCGCGGUCGUCGCAGCCCAUGUACGGCCUCCAGAGCAAGCGCUGCGAGGCUGAUCGACAGCUCCUCAAGGCCUACCGCGACGCGGCGAAGAAGACGUCGGCGGGACUGGCGCCGCCUCUGCACAUUGUCGACGCGCGCAAGGUCAUUGCGACCCAAGGCAAUCGGCUCGUCGGGAAGGGCGUCGAGCAGUCGUCGCACUACGACAACGCGGUCGUCGAGUUUCUCGGAAUUGCCAACAUCCACAAGAUGCGCGACUCGAUCGAUGCGCUGCAGAGCCUCGUGCACCCGACCAUCACGGACGACGGCCACAAGGAAUUCCACAGCUCGCUCCACGAUACGCGCUGGCUCAAGCACAUUAUGAAGAUUCUCUCGGGCGGGUCGAGGAUCGCGCAGAUCUUGCACGAAGAGGGCGCGAGCGUCCUCGUGCAUUGCAGUGACGGGUGGGACCGCACGCCGCAGCUCUGCGGCAUUGCCGAGCUCAUUCUGGACCCGCACUACCGGACGAUCCGAGGCUUUGCGGCGCUGGUCGAAAAAGAGUGGUGCAGCUUUGGCCACAAGUUCCACGACCGCGUCGGCGUCGGCAAGGACGCGUCCGACCUCGCGAACGAGCGGUCGCCGGUCUUUCUGCAGUUUCUGGACGCAGUGUGGCAAAUGACGCGCCAGUUUCCGACCGCGUUCGAGUUCAACGAGCGCUUCCUCUUGCAUGUGGUCGACGCGAUCUUCUCCGGCCUCUUUGGCACGUUCUUGUACAAUACCGAGAAGGAGCGCGCCGACAACAUGAUGUGGCAGCGCACCGAGUCGGUGUGGACGUGCGUUCUCGAAGCGCCGGCCAAGUUCGCGAACCUCAACUACCAAGCCACGUCGCGCGUCUUGUACCCGCGGGCCAACCUGAAGCGCGUCGUGCUCUGGGAAGCCCUCUUCUUUCGCUGGGACCCCGAGAUGCACCCGGCGUACGUCGAGUCGCUCGACCCGCUCUCCAAGGCAAACCCGAAGCACCACCCGCGGCAUGGCGCGACGCACAACAGCGACCAUCUGCGCAUUGCCGAGAGCUUUACGUCGACCACGUCGACGCAGAUUACAGAUCUAAACGACAAUUCGGACGGGUCGUCGUUGAGCGACAACGACGACGACGACUACCGGCCGUCGACGCGCCGCGCGUCCAUGGCCCGCGGCAACAAGACGCCGUCGGUGUCCGUCUCGGACAAGAUUGCGGCGGCCGCGACGUCGGCAGCGCUGAGCCCGGACCGGGAGACCGUCACGAAUCUGCAGGCAACCCUCGCGCAGUACCCGCAGCAAGCGACCGAGCGUGCGCGACAGCGGUCCAAGGACUCGUCGCUGCGAGAGGCUCUCGAAAUGGUACCCGACAAGACGCGGAUCCGGUAUCUGGAGCAGCUGUUAAGCCAGAGCGUUGCGCGCGAGAUGCAGCUCGAGGCGCAGCUGGACACGCUCCAGACACAACUCAUUGACCAGACGACCGAUACGACGCCAUGA